AUGCUGCAUAGAACAUCUUCCUCUCGACGACGUCGGGCAUCAAGAAGUGCUGCAACUUCACCGCAGACCAGGUCCCCAAGACCUUCUGCACAGUCUUCUCGACGAGCGUCUCUCGCGACUACCGAAACAGACGAUGAGAUUGAACCUCCACCUCCACAGAGGAGUCCUAGAGCCAGCCUUGCUCCAGAUACGGCAUUUGAGUCCUAUCAUCGAAGUCCAAGACAUUCUCUGGUCCCCGAAAGUAGGUCAGCCAGAAAUUCAAUCACACCUGAAACAGCAUUAGUAAGAAAUAGUUUGGCACCUUCUAGGAAUAAUUUAGGAGUAGAACAAGCGUAUGGAUCUCGUUUAAGUCUUAAUCCGCAAGAUUUUAAUCGAAGUCCUAGAAAUAGUAUAACACCUGACUUAGCAGCUAGAAGUCCAAGGAGAAGUUUAGUCCCAGAGGGAUCUUCAUGGAAUCAGCCGAGAAAUUCAUUGGUACCAGAUGUUGGUAGAAGCCCACGUCAUUCUGUAGCAAGUAUACAAAUUGAUCCAGCACGAAAUCAAAAGGAAUUAGGUCCAAGUCAAAGAACCAGUCCCAGAGGAAGUAUAGCUCCGGAUUCAACUUUGAGAAAAGAUGGUCCAGAAAUAAACAGAAGUCCAAGAGGUUCUUUGAUACCCGAUUCACAAAGAAGUCCGAGAGGCAGUAUUGCUCCAUCUGAAAGAAGUGCUAGAGGCAGCUUAGUCACGGGUGACAUUGAAACAGCAAGGAUUAGUCCCAGGGGAAGUUUGACGUUAACAUUUCAAGAGCCUUUAGUUUCUCGAGAGCGACGAGCUAGUGAAGAUAGUCAAUGUGCUGGUAAUCGGGGUCGCAGCGUGUCACCAUACAGAGCUUCUCUUGGUGGCCGACAGAGUGGUACCGGAGCUUUAUCUGAUACUGGCUCUAGAAGGGCGUCCAGCUCAGUUAGUCAAGUAUCUGGUGAUGAACAACGCAGACUUUGCGGAGAACAGGCCAAAUACAGUGACCGAAGCGGCCUUGGCUUGGGAGUUGGUCUCACUACAUACGGUUCCGUUGCUUAUCAGCUGAAAGAUGCGAACAUGGAAGCUUCUGGCACCGUCGACUUUGUUUGCAGAGCCGCUAGGAUUAUGAAUAGAACAAUUGUAAUGACUGUCUUCUUGGCUUGUCUGUCGUCGCUGCCAGUUAUUAUGUUAAUUAUGGGGGUGCAGUACAUACGUGACUGUCCAGCGGAGCCCAGGAUUCCUGUUUAUAUGGUGGUGGGUGGAGCAGCCGGUGGUGCAGGUAUCUGUUGGUUGUUGUGGGCUCAGCUCGCCAGCCGCACCGUCAGUUCAACAGCUAGUGUGCCAGAGAGAAUCCUCGCGUAUACUCUUGCUGGAUUUCUAAUGGGAUGGUUCGCCUUCGGUAACUACUGGACCGUGGGUAUCAUGUGGCCGGACUACGCUCCAACACUGUUUGAGCCUAACCAAUGGUGUCACAAAACUCUUUAUGUAUUUGCCAUAACACAGCUUGGAGUUGUAUGGGGUGUCAUUGCUCUUAUAUUACUGCUGUUAUUGGCCCUUGUUAUUUGUCAAGUAUUCGGCUGCGGCUGGCUUGGUCCGCCGAGAUACAAGUAG